UCGUCUUCUUUGCCCACCCUCGAAAUGGUUCAACUUUUUUCAUCAGCAAUCUCCUCCUCUCUCCUUUUCUUCACUAUGAUCAUUCCCAAAAUCUCUCAAUAGUUCCAAUUCACAUCACAACGUAGUCUUGUCCUAUAGGCUAAACAGGGCAUCAAAGAGGACAAACUUGAUCAACUUAUUGACCCCAGUUUGAGGGACCAAAUCUCGGAAAAUUGUCUGAAAGUGUUUGCGGAAGUUGCUAAUAGUAAAUGCUUAGAUAGUCUUCCAAAGGGACGGCCUACAACGGCUGAUGGGGUGGUGAGACUCGAGUACGCAUUGGCUUCGGAGAGGGCUGUGGACGAGCAGUUUGGUGAGAACGCGCAAAGGGAUGAUACUCUUGCACGAGGCGAUGCUCCUUUCGUCCUCCACUAAAUUUCUAGCUAAAGGCGCUCAUAUCAAGUUAGCUAGGCAAAGGUGCCUCCGCGAGGUGAUGCUCCUUCCUCCUCCACCGCCAAAGGGAAACGUUAGCAAGGUGUUUCAGAGGAUUAUUAAAUUUCUAGCUAAAGGUGCUCAUAUCAAGUUGAAAAAAAGAAAGGUAUAUGAUUCCAAUGGUGAACAAUCACUUUCGGCUGUUAGUUCCAGCCGUUCAAUAUUGCAGUGGAAAAAUGUCACUCUUCAAUUCCGUCGUUUCUCAGUUGGAGGCAAAAUCUCUAGGAACUUCUCGUCCUCUGUUACAGUUGGAAGCAAAAUCCCUAGGAACUUCUCGUCCUCGGCUGCAAGUGGCGGCAAUGAGGCAUAUCCCGGUGGGCAGAUCUUACCCACCCUGAAUUUAAGGGUCUUCAGUUUUUCAGAAUUAAAGACUGCCACCAGAAAUUUCAGGGUCAAUACGAUGUUGGGAGAAGGAGGUUUUGGUAAAGUUUACAAGGGUUGGCUCAAGGAGAAGGCCACGUCAAAGAACGGUAGAGGUUCAGCUGUUGCCAUCAAGAAGUUGGACACCGAGAGCAUGCAAGGAUUCGACGAGUGGCAGUCUGAGGUCCAUUUCAUAGGAAGGCUUUCUCAUCCUAACCUUGUUAAGCUAUUGGGAUACUGUUGGGAAAACAAUGAGCUACUCCUUGUGUAUGAAUUCAUGCAAAAGGGCAGCUUGGAAAACCACCUUUUUGGAAGGGGCUCUGCUGUUCACCCUCUUCCAUGGGACAUACGGCUUAAGAUAUUAAUAGGAGCAGCACAAGGUCUCACGUUUUUGCACACAUCAGAGGAACAAGUGAUGUAUAGAGAUUUUAAGGCCGCGAAUAUAUUGCUAGAUAGGUGUUACAAUGCCAAAAUCUCGGGCUUUGGUUUGGCUAAAUUGGGUCCCUCUAGCAAAUCACACAUUGUAACACGGGUUAUGGGCUCAUCUGGCUAUGCAGCUCCAGAGUAUGUUGCCACAGGGCAGUUGUAUUUGAAGAGCGACGUGUAUGGUUUUGGUGUUGUGUUGAUUGAGAUGCUAACAGGACUACGAGCAGUUGAUCUAAACCGUCCCUAUGGGAGACUAAAUCUUUUUGACUGGAUCAAACCAUAUUUAUCUGACGGAUGGAAGUUGAAGCAAGUAAUGGACUCCCAGCUGCAAGGAAAAUAUCCUUCCAAAGCAGCUCUUCAAAUAGCCCAGCUUGCCCUAAAAUGUAUUGAACGUGAAAAAAAGACGAGGUCAUCGAUGAAAGUAGUAGUGGAGACGCUGCAACAUCUUGUAGAAAACGAUGAGAAGCCUAAAGAGCCUAGAGUUCAUCCCAGAAAUCGUACUAGUUCUCAUCACCCUUGCUGUCCACAGCAGCCUUUGCACCAUCGAUCUCCACUUCACCCAAGGCACCACGACCACCAGUCCUAUCAAUUCCCUCCACCCGCACGGUAGCUUUGGUACACCACUUCCCACGAGGGCUGAGCAGGUUGUGAUGAAUCUGCGUACGAAGAUUCUAUCGAUAUCAAACUGCCCCUCUCUCUUCUGCUACGGAAAUUGUAAUGAUUUUUGCUGUUCUAGUGGUGCUAUGUUCUUAGAAGAAAAGAAUGUAAGGAAUUGAGAUGUAAUUAUUUUUGUUGGUCUCUUGACUAGUGCUUGAUAACAUGUCAACACGGCAAUUAUAUGUACACCAGGAAGAAACAAUUUCUGUUUUGUUUAGGUGUUCAACAAUCAUAUGAUAACGUGCGUUGUUGCAACGUUAUGCAUUGAAAUUUAUUUGAAAUGAAGAUUGCCAUUCAAUCUGUGAAAUUGGGAUAAUACUUGUUAGUGUUCU